UAGCAAGCAAAGCGCAAGCAAGCACACAAGCAAGCAAGCCAAGCAAGGGCCUUCUCACCCCGAAUUGGAACUCGCUCUCGUCCCUCAUCGAGUCGUCGACGACGUCGUCGGAUCGCAAUGUCUUCUUUGUCCUACUCGUCGCAGCAAAGUAGUGGACCUCGCGCCGGGCCUCCUCGCACCUCGUCACAGCAGCAACGACAUCGCCGCUCUUCUUCGUCUCAGAACAGCACCGUCAAUAUCAACUCCAACGACACUAGUGCGACGUCGACAUCCACUUCUCGACGUUGGCCCUUCCGAAGAGGAGUGGCCGGAGCAUCGUCCUCUCGCCCUGCGACGGCCAGCACUGUCCAGUCCUUCAGCUCUGCUUCUUCGGGACGCAACGAGGCUGGUGCUGCAUCUGCUCCUCCUGGACGAGUUGGCAAGAGCUUUGAGGCCAUCUUGGCUAGUAACGAGACUGUCCAACUGAGAGAAACGGGAGGCGUCGCAGACGACUACGACGACGAUAGUGGAGACACCGGCUUCUCACCGCGGACGCUAGCAGAGUCUACGCCUCGGGUCUCGCGUUCUCGUACGCCUACGCCUACAGCGACCAGCGUCCAGAGUCCUGGCCCUUCUUUGCCGCCAAAGACUGCGGCUGCUUCGUCAGCUUUUUCAUCCUCGCAGCGCGACAGUGCAGCAGCCGCGCCCAGGGCUUCCCCUACGGUGGGCAUCCCAGCCUAUCCGGACGCCACGAGCACCCGUCCAACUGCUGCAUCUGACGUGGUAAAGCCAGAGAGGACAACAUCGAUCCCACGAACAUCGAUGCUCUCCCGUCCAUUGCCCCCCGCCCCACCACCGCAGCCGCCGCCUCGAGUCUCGUCAGGCAGGUCAAGCUCUAAUGAGGAUCUCGGAGUGCUGACCGACAGCGGCGGGGCAGCGACGCAGUCCUCCUCGCUCAAGGACCGCAUGAAGAAGACGAGCACGCUCUUCAAGCGUUUCCGAGCACCCACGUACAUUCGCAACCAGAAUGCCGCGGCAGGAGCCAGCACGCCCUCUCUCCACCAUCAAAGCAGCGGCCCGGCAACGUCAAAUGCAACCGUGAUCCUCAGCGGCAGCAAGCGUCGCCCCUCCAUCCCCGGCUCCCCGCCCAUCCGAAAUGACGUCCCGCAAGUGCCAAGCAUCCCCACGAAGUUCGGCGAUUGGGCCGCCUCUACCUCCUCGAACAGCAUCUCUCGCAACAAAGCGCCGCAAGGCCACGCCAAGAUGGCGAGCAAAGGCGGGUCCUCUGUCCAGUCGAGCGCCUCGGGCCAGGAGCUGCGAACAGCUAUCAAAGCCUGGGAGACCGAGAUGGACGAGACGCUCAAAGCUAGCGCGCAUGAUCUGGAGAACAAGACCAAGUUCACGCCAAAGGCUACUUGGGGGCCUAGCCCGGAGUUGCCUCAGCUAGGCUUGGGGAUCGGGAUGGGCCAGGAGGGGCAACAGCAGCAGCAGCAGCAGCAGCGUAGUGGAGCCACCCUGAAGGUUCAUGACGACGCUAACCAGCCACGUACGGCGAGAAGUGCGCCCACUUCGCCUGCAGCGUCAAGAAAUGUCAGCCGCAGCCUUACACCGGAUGAGAGUUCGGAGCGCAGGACUGUGUCAGCGUCGACGCACGGGCAGGACAACGGCGGCGCCGGCGGUACUGCGGGCGACCCUCAGACGCCAGUACCUCCUUUCGGUCGACCCUGGGAACGCAGCCGCAGCCCCUUUGCAGCUGGCGUCAAGUCCUCCGGCAAGUCCGCUGCUCGCCCUAGCUCGGCCUCUGCUGCCCCUCAGACGCCAAGCUCGGCCGCCUCACCAGAGGGCGAGAACUUCCAGACGAUUGACUCUACUGUGGCAGACUCGGGCGUUUCCACGAACGACUCGGUCCUGACCGCACCGAACGAUGGCGAUGCAGUUCGCGACUCGUCUGCGUCGCUCUCUGGGCCCGCUCCUACCGCGGCUUCUACCGGCACAGCUCGCAGCCCUCAUCGCCGAGGCAACCAGUCCGCCACGAGUUUUGUGAGCUUCGAGACGGCCGCAGAGGGCAGCGAAACCAGCGGUGCAGGUGCUGCGGCUGCUGCCCUACGUGAAGCGGUGAGCCGUCCCUCUGCGGAGAGCGAGAGCUCGGGCUACCCUUCCACAAGGACGGCGCGUCAAGCACCGCAUAGAGCUAGCGAUGAGAGUGAAGAUGGUAACGACCCUUUGGAUGAUUCGUCAAGCGAGGAAAUUGAUGACGAGGACGACCUCGAAAAGCAUCCGGAGCGCAGCAUUCGUCUGAUUCCGCAGCCACAACAGCCCACUGAGAUGGGCGGAGCUUCAGUUACAGACGAUGAUCCCACGCCCUCCCUCGGCGGUAAGGCAGUGCUGGCGGGCACGGGCCCUAGAAGCGCGCUCCCCGUAUCUCAGCGCCGCGACGUCUCUGAUAUCGGACCGCUACCCUCUGAGAUUGGUCGCGUAAGCAUGCACAGUAAUGCAAGUGGAAGAGGGCCAAUCGCCGGCAGUACCGGCGGAGCCAACAUCGCUCCUCCUAGCUCGAUUGGCGGAUCCUCAUCUGAUGGGUUCAAGGGCAGCAGCGCUCCUACGAGCGGUCGACCUUCCCAUGCCAGCAGCAAUGCCAACACAACAGCAACCACCAUCACCGGCGCCUCUAGCGGCGGCGCCUCCUCCAUGCUCACCACAAGCAUAGACGACGGUCUCCUUGACUCAGCACGGGAGCUUGCGGCUAAAUGCUGGGCCUCAUCCGAGGACGAUCCUACUAGCACUUCCUGGAUGGCGAAGGAGAAGAUUGCCGAAUGGCUUGGCGGGAUUGGCCCCUUGAAGGAAGCAACGCGCCGCCUUUACUUCGACCACUUCGACUUCAAAGACCUUCGACUGGACGCGGCGCUUCGACAGCUGUGUGACAGGCUUUGGUUGAGGGCGGAGACACAACAAGUGGACCGCAUUUUGGGUGCCUUCAGUCAACGAUACUGGCAGUGCCAGCUGACGAGCAGCAGCGCCAAGGGAGUGGCAAGCACGUACGGCUCACAAGAUAACGUACACGCAGUAGUCUUCUCUCUCCUUCUCCUCAACACGGAUCUGCACGUGGCCGACAUCUCUGAAAGGAUGACCCGCCCGCAGUUCGUCCGCAACACCAUGUUGGCCGUCUCUGAGAACCAGCAACAGCAAGAGGCUACAAUCGGCAAGGGUCAGGGGACAGUGCGAGGUAGCAUGGCUUCAGGGAGAGAUGCAGAUUCGAUGAGCGUCAAGAGUGGGGGCAGCGGAAGUGUGGCGCAUAGCUAUGAUACCAACACGACAGCUCAUACUGCCUCUGCCGGUCUACCGCCCAGCGUCAGUCAUGCUUCCACCCUGCGCCACGCCUCUUCCACCGCUUCUCCCAGAGACAGUAUCAUUGCUGGCGGUGGGCGCAGCACGCCCUCCAGUUGGUCGCGAGGCACUGGCGGUGCCACUGCGGGAGCAGCAGGUCGAGGCCUGUACCUCUCUGACCGUCGUCAAGAGAUCGAGCUGGAUGCCCUCCUCAAGGACAUGUACGGCGCAGUCAAGCAAGAGCGCAUCCGCCUGCCCAUGGGCGGCAGCGCCGCAGACGGAGGGGACGCGACUAUCACCGGCUCACAGCGCCGUGGUCGCAUGUCAAUGAGCGGCGCGCCUACUGGAAGCAUCAGCGGUGGCAGCGGUGCUGGUGGAAAGAUUGCGCAGCUUAAGCGUGGGAGCAUACGUGGCAUUCAGGGUCUGCUCGCCGCGCAGAGCUUCCGUGAUGACAAUAGUGGCGGUGCGACUGGGAGCAUUGGGAGUGCUGGCGGCUCGCAGAUUUCGGUGGGGUCGAGGUCAAUGGGAGAGACGACUGCCCAUACUCUGACUCCGGGUAGCUCCAUGACGAGCUGGGAGACGAACAACGCCCCUGUUUCAGGAGGAGAAAAGGCCAACACUACGCCGUCAAGUACCGCUGCGCCUGGCACGCUAGGCUUCGCAAGCAUGCUCACCACAUCGCUGGUCAAGGAGACGAAGGAUGAGGACCAGAAUGGGGCGGACAUGGACGCAGACGACGACAUCUCUGACGAUGAGCUAGCACUAAUUGGCCCUCCGUGGGCAAAGGAGGGUGUUCUGACGCGCAAGCAUUACUGGGAGACUCCGUCGAAGAGGGCGAAGGACAAGAGCUGGACCGAGGUCUUCGUCGUCAUCCAAAAGGGAGUCAUGAGCAUGUUCACAUUUGGUCAGCAAGCCUCCAGCACCAGCUCUUCUAAGGCAGCAUCAGCCGUAGGGGGUGGUAAUUGGCUCUCCAACGCGACGAAGUUGGGCGAAUUCACUCUGGCCCACGCUUUGGCGCAUGCUCUCCCUCCUCCGGGCUACAACAAGGCCCGCCCGCAUGUCUUUGCCCUCACGCUUGCAUCGGGAGCUGUCUACUUCUUCCAAGCAGGGACUGAAGACUUGGUACAGGAGUGGCUGUCGACGUGCAACUACUGGGCGGCCAGGCUUAGCAAGCAGCCCUUGGCCGGUGGAGUGUCGAACAUGGAGUAUGGUUGGAACCUUGUCGCUCCCUCGAGCAGCGGCACAGGGUCUGCGUCGUAUGACAGCUUGAUCGGCCGAGGCUCGAUGAGCGUGGAUGACUUGGGCGAGUCGGAGGUACUCCGCGACUCUACCGCUGACAGUGGGGCCAUGUACGUCUCGCAGGGCAGAUCGUCUAGCAUCCGCAGUGGGCGCAGCGGGCGCAGUGGGCGUAGUGGGCGAAGCAGUCGUGCCAACUUCCUUUCCAUCGGCAACGACUCGUCACGUCGCUCCUCAAGACUCAGUGGCGGUCCUGCUCCUUCUGGUGUGGCGCCCUCAUCCAGCGGUGGCGGUGCCCCGUCGGUACGCUCUUUCGUCUACACAGGGCACGGUAACGAGCGCACCUACAUCAACGAAUGGAAAGCCCCGCAGCCUCCAACUGUCGCCAGCACGCUCCGCGAGGAAGAGCAAAUUGACUCUUGCCUUGCUUACAUUGCCCGUACAGAGCACGACCUGACAGAGCACAAUGAGCUUCGUCAACCGAUGCUGUCCCUCUAUUCACCCCGUGGAACCAACUUUGGGCGUGCUUUGAGCAACUGGGAGAGGAAGAGCAAUUACCUCUUGGCGGAGCUCGUCAAAUGGCAGAGCUAUGUCGAGAGUCUGACGCAGGCGCAGCGUAUGAGAAGUGAGAAGAGGGAUGAGCGACAGAUGGAAAGGGCGUUGGCCAGGGCGGAUGAGGAGAUGGCCAAGGUGAGGGAGGGCGAGGAGGGCGGGCCUGUUGAGACUGGACGGUGAUUGCUACCUCGGUAAAAGGGUUGUUGGGGGGCUGCUCCAAGUGUGGGAACCUUGAUGUUGUUCGAUGCGAUACCCAUUCUUAUUCACUUGACGUGGACAAUGGAUCAAUUAGAGGACUCGA